UUCUCAGAGCUGUUCUUCACUCCUGACUUCUCCUGAGCCUCUAGAAGAGAAACAUGCUUUUCAGGGUCCUAACGGGGUCUGUAAGGCGGCUUUGGACAGAACAGAGACUAGGUUGAGUGGACAGAAACAAAGCCUUUGGGAGAGACCAUGGCCAGUGGUCAAGCACACCCCCCGUUUGAAGUGCAGAGCCCCCAGCUUAGUACAACAGUGUGUUCUCCCCAGGUGGUGGUGGAUGAUGAAGUGCCAGGACCAUCAGCCCCCUGGGUAGAUCCCAGCCCCUGGCCUCAAGCCCUUGGCCUCAAAAAGAGGAGGGAAUGGUCAGACGAAUCGGAAUGGUCAGACGAAUCGGAAUGGUCAGACGAAUCCAAGGAGGAGACGGAGGAGGAGCUGAACUUGGAGCGCAGCCCUGAGCCCAAGGACACCUGGGUGGUGGAGACCCUGUCUGAAGAUGGGCUCAAGAUGAGGCUGAAGAGAAAGCGAGUGUCCUCGGUGCUCCCUGAGCACCAUGAGGCCUUCAACAGGCUGCUGGAGGAUCCUGUCAUUCGAAAAUUCCUGGCCUGGGACAAAGAUCUGAGGGUUUCCGACAAGUAUCUCCUGUCAAUGGUCAUAGCGUAUUUUAGCCGUGCCGGCCUCUUCUCAUGGCAAUACCGACGCAUUCAUUUCUUCCUGGCUCUCUACCUGGCCAGUGACAUGGAGGAGGACGAUCAGGCCCCCAAACAAGACAUCUUCUCCUUCCUCUAUGGGAAGGACCACUCCCAGAGACCCUUGUUCCAUAAGCUUCGAUACCAGUUUCUCUGUUCCAUGAGCUGGAGGAUGCGGGUUUCCCCAGAGGAGAUGGAGGAGAUACAGGCUUAUGACCCAGAGCACUGGGUGUGGGCCCGAGAUCGCACCCUCAUUUCCUAGAGCUCCCGGGACAUGGAGGCCUGAGGUCAUCGGCCUGAGAGAAGGUACGUCUGAAUCCUCCAGAGUAAAAGCU